AUGAACUUGGGGUUGUGCCGGGCAGCAAUGGCGCAGUUUAUUUUCUCAAGAGAGUAUUUUAGCAGUGCAGAAAAGCAGGAAAGAGUGAUGGUGUUUGUACAUGCUCGAAAUGCCACUGUAAAAACAGCUAUGUCUCUUAUAGAAAGAGCAAAAAAUUGUGGCCAGAUCUUCUGCUUUUUACCUAUCCAAGGACCUGAGUAUGGACAUGCAGAAAAACAGAUGCUUGUGACAACACCAGAAAAAUGGGAUGUAGUGACAAGAAAGAGUGUUGGGGAUGUUGCUCUUUCCCAAAUUGUAAAACUCCUUAUUCUUGAUGAAGUUCAUUUGCUGCAUGAAGAUAGAGGGCCCGUGUUAGAAAGCAUAGUUGCACGUACUUUGCGACAGGUUGAGUCCACACAGAGCAUGAUAAGGAUUCUUGGACUGUCUGCGACCUUACCCAACUACCUUGAUGUUGCUACGUUUUUACAUGUUAAUCCCUGCAUUGGGCUGUUCUACUUUGAUGGCCGUUUUCGACCAGUACCUCUUGGACAAACAUUUUUGGGGAUUAAAAGUGCAAAUAAGAUGCAGCAGUUGAAUAAUAUGGAUGAAGUUUGCUAUGAAAGCGUUUUGAAGCAAGUAAAGGCUGGACAUCAGGUAAACUGAAUUUGUACCUUUUUAGAAAAUGC